AUGUGUUGUUUUGCUCUCAUUUUAUCUUCUCUGCUUGCUUUAUCAUAUGCAGCCUCUUCUAGCCGUAUGGGUGUAAACUAUGGGCGUCUAGGGGACAACUUGCCAUCUCCAUACCAGUCCAUUCAGCUCCUCAAAACCAUGAAAGCCGGUGGCAUCAAGCUCUACGACGCCAACCCUGAAAUACUAAGAUUGCUAUCCGGGACAAAGCUUUGUGUCUCGGUCAUGGUCACAAAUGAACAAAUAUCAAACAUUGCUUCAAGCCAAGCUUUAGCAGACCAAUGGGUACAUGACAAUGUCCUUCCUUACUAUCCCAACACCAAGAUCAGGUCCAUACUUGUCGGAAAUGAAGUCCUCAGCUACAACUCGGAGAGUGAUCGCCAAAAAUGGCACGAUCUUGUGCCGGCAAUGGAAAAAAUUGAGAAGGCAGUGACAGCCCACAACAUUUGGAACAUCAAAGUUGGGACCCCAUUGGCAAUGGACAUUAUGGAAGGAACAUUUCCACCUUCAAAUGGGGUAUUUAGGUGGGACGUAACGGAAUUGGUUAUUGCACCGUUACUACACUUCUUGAACCGGACUAAUUCGUUCUUUUUCAUAGAUGUGUACCCUUACUUUCCUUGGUCCGCGGACCCGUCCAACAUCAACCUUGACUUCGCCUUGUUAAAUGCCGGUAACCUGACGUACACGGACCCCGGUACCGGAUUGACUUAUACCAACCUCUUAGACCAAAUGCUGGACUCUGUGGUUUUCGCCAUGGCUAAAAUGGGGUAUGACAAUAUGAGGAUUGCUAUAGCCGAGACGGGGUGGCCUAAUGGAGGAGACAUUGAUCAACCGGGAGCAAACAUGUACAAUGCAGCUACUUACAACCGGAACUUAGUCCGGAAAAUGACUGCAACACCACCAAUUGGGACCCCGGCUCGGCCUGGUUCCGUCACACCAACAUUCAUAUUUGCGUUGUAUGAUGAGAACCAAAAAAGUGGUCCAGGGACAGAGCGACACUGGGGGCUGGUGCAACCAAAUGGAAGGGCAAAUUAUGAGUUAGACCUUACCGGGAAGCGGUCGGAGUCGGACUACCUAAGGGACCCGGAGCCGGAGAAGCUAUGGUGUGUUCCGGGGAGUGGUGCGGAUGUAGUGGAGCUCCAGUCUGCGUUAGAUUUUGCUUGUGGUCAGGGUAAUGGGACUUGUGAUGCCAUUAAACCCGGGAAGGAGUGCUAUGAGCCUCUCUCAGUGAUGGCUCAUGCAGGCUAUGCUUUUAGCUCGUAUUGGGCCAAGUUUCGGAGCAUUGGAGCCUCUUGCCACUUCAAUGGCCUCGCAGUUCAAACCACCACGGACCCAAGCCAUGGAUCGUGCAAGCUCCCAAGCGUGACUCCUUGA